CAAAGAUGCUCAACUUUUUGGGCACGCCAGAGCACAGCCAUCAAUUACCUACACGAUAUUUCAUUCCUGCUUGAAGAGCCGGAUGGCAUCAAUACGGCAUUAACUUCCAUGUUUUAACUAUACUUUCCGUACUGUAAAUUGCGUCCAUUUCGCCAUCCCAUCACCAUGUCCACACCUCUCUCGAGCGUUCGACAAGUUGCCUGCCAAAAUGCUGCUCAUUGCACAUUCCGAAACACAGUCCAAUCGCAGAGAAGUCAUUUCUCUACAUCUGCGCCGCGAUGGCCCCGUGAGACCAAAGGCACAAAUAAAAUGCGCGGUUUCUCCGCUAUCCGGUCCUCAGGUCCAAUUGGCCGUAAGGUGAGGUCCAUAAAGCCGGAUCAGCUACCCGUGCCUGUCAUGGAUCCGGCAAAGCGCGCGAGGAUAGAAACGAGCGAGAACCACGGGCUGUGGGGUUUUUUUAAUAAGAAGAAAGAAGCAUUGACGGAUCCGAAGGAUUUGAAUGCUCAUGGCAGAGCAUGGACAAGGAAGGAAUUGCGUAUCAAAAGCUUAGAUGAUAUGAAGGUGUUGUGGUGGAAAUGUCAUUUGGAACUCAACCGGCUUUCAACAGAGGAACAUGAACGGAAAAGGCUGAAUCCUGGGUACGGCAUGUACGAAUUGGAAAAGCGACGAGACACUAUUCUAGAGACACAGCGCGCCAUCCGCGAGGCUCUUGAAGAACGAUACGAUGCAUGGCUAGAAGCAAGAGAUAUACUCAUGGCAGGCAAGGAUCCAGAUAUUGAGAUAAACGAGCACGGUAGGCUGCAGUGGAGAGCGGAGCAGGAUCCGUAUGAGGUGGAGGAAAUGGAGGACAAAACUACAUCCGUAAAGGAGUCGCAGCGUAGCACAUCGCCUUCACCAUCAUGAAGACGUGGAAACCGUGCAUUUGCCGAACUCUUUUGUGACACGGUGCAUAGAAUACUUGAAGAUAUCUUUGUGUUAUUAGCACUGGUUGGGAGCAUCGCAUGUGAAGGCGUUUGCAUAGCCGUGUAUCAUGUAAGAAUACCAAUGCACCAAUAGGUCGAUCAUUAAAUACAUUGCAUAUUUUGUUGUUCUA